AUUAAAUCUGAUGCAAUGAUUACACACAAUGGAGGAUGGAAAAACAUGGCGGCAUUUUUGCACCCAUCAGAUACUCAAGAAGAUGCGUGCAGACCGUUAUGGCGCACUCUUUGCGAAUCCUGUGUUGGAAUCAGAUGAUUCCAUCAUCACGCCCGAAGUAAAAAACGCUUACAGGGCUAUAAUAGAGAAUCCAAUGGAUUACAAAACCGUGAAGAGUAAACUCCAAUCGGAUAUUUAUCAAUCGCCACUCGAGUUCCAUGAUGACAUGUUGUUAAUAUACGACAAUUGCAUGAAAUUUAACCCAGCAGUCGGUGUAAACAAGUGGAUACACGAUGCAGCCGCAAGCAAUAAAUCGAAAUUUGAAAAGUUAUGGUCGUCAUCCCAGGAUAAGAUAAACAGUUUAUUGGCAAAGCCCAAAACUGAAGAUAAAGACCAUGUUGAUAACGAUACACUGGAGAGUGGCAAUGAAAACAAUAUACCAGAAGUGGUCCCAUCGCAAUCACAAAGCGGAUCGCAACCAGCAGACUCAUCGCUUCUAGAAAAGCCUGAGGCAGAUACCCAAUCGCAAUUGCCAAAUAAUACUAACCCAGAAACACUGGAAACUGCAUCCAGUGUACUGGAUUCACACAUUGAAUCGCCGACACAGAGCCAAGUUGAUGCCGACAUGGACUCUAGCCCAAGUGCUCCAGGAUCAACCGUAGACUCGACAUUUAAAGUCAAAUUCAGAUUAAGCCUGCAGUCAAUCAAGGACUACAGAGAAUACCGAGUUGAUACAAUGUCAAAAGUGGUUAUCCUCCCGCAUCAUUUGAUUAACGAACCACCGCCACCAGACGUGCUGGACCCAACCAUAGUGUUGCAGUCACCAGUGCUCUCGGAAACCGUUUCGGACGCCAUACCAAGCGCACGUAUAGAGGCCGUAUCAACUCCACAAAAGGAAUGUAGUACCACCGCAGCAUUGGUUGAUGAACAGCCGGUGUCAAUGGAGAUUACCAUCCCGGAGACUACCAAAGAAGUAGUUUAUACAGAUCUACCCGAAUCGGAGGAAACUGAUGUUGACUUUGGAGAACGCCCACCCAUCGCAACGCGACAAGAAGAUGGAUUCCUAAGGUCCAACUGGUUAACAGAGAAUGAAUGCAACCAGCUGUUCCCACACUGUAGUAUAAUAGGACUCCAGCCACGUAAAUACAAAUACACACGCGCAGACGCAACGCUCCGGACAAUAUAUAACGAGCUGUUCCUCUCAGAUCACUCGGAGCCUAAACCGUACUCCAACGACGACCUGCUGGAGUCAAUCGUCGAAGAGGACUACACGCUAAAGCAUCAUAAAGCCGUGCAUUUCUCAGUAAAGAAGCCUUCAAAGGAAAGUAGACGCCUACUCAAGCAGUUGCCGGAAUUUGGGGAUUACGGGUCAACCAGCCAAUGUGAUGAGGAAUCUUGGCUACCGUCACCAUAUUACCAGGAAACUGUACAUGACAGCUGCGAAUCGCUAGUGUCGAGCUAUUCAGAAGAAGUGGAAGACUCACCAGGUGCCAGGUUCCAUACACUAAGGAUAGACGUUGAAAGUGAAGCUACGUUUGGAGUUAGUAUCAUAACGGAACAGGCAUUAUGCGAAAACGGGUUCACCAAAGUGCCAAAAUGUAACUAUUUCAUAAGAUGCACUCCAGAAGUAGGUUUCCGCAGCUCAAACUACGGAUUCUACAAAGCAGAAGAGGAUGUGUUCAUGCACGGAACUAGUAUACUGCGGCAUCUAAGGCUGUAUCUAAUCAACUGCGGAGCCACGUGCAUCGAGUUGUCCAGACGCAUGGUGUCUUUCGCAGACCUGAUUUACCAACAUGGUACCAGCUCAGCUAUAUACGAGCUGUACCUAAAGUCGAAGAGCACCAAUCUGAAACACCCAGAAUUCUUUGUACUCACAGAUGCCGGAGCAAUAUCGUACGCAACAUGCGUCGACGUACUGUGGCGACUGCAAACAGUAACAAGCGCACUGCCAAAGCCAUUCGUAAUACUGCACGUACUAUGCAGAAACAUGAGUUAAUUAUG